AAUAUAUUUGCGCAGUUGCAAAAUUUUUUGUUUUUCUUUUUAGUAGUAUUAACUAAAUUUUUGUGUAAUAUUUUGAUUGGUGAGAUUUAUAAACGAAUUAGCAUUUUCAACCGCAAAUAAAUAUAAAAAGUAAUACAAAAAUAUUACCUGCGUAUUAUGGAUCAUUUCAAUGUACCGAGGAAAGUGAAUCGACAUGUUUUGAAGGCAUUGGGAGCUCUGAGUGGUGGCAAUCGCGAUCAAGUCGUUGUCACAUCACAAAUAAUUGACCAAGUCAAGCAUCAAAUGCGAAACUUGGUACCGGUACCCAAUCUCGGUAGGGUUGUGGAAAAGUCAUUACAAAAUUUAAGCGAAAUUGGCUUGAUUGAUCGGCAUGGGAUGUAUAGAUAUGCGCUUGGGCGAUGCGCCGCCGUCAUGCCUGGUCCCAGCCCUCAGCCGAAUUCAAGAACUCCUGACCGUCGUGUGUUUCGAGGCAAUAAUCCACGACAUUGCAGUCGAAGCAAAUUAGAUCCUAAUAAGAAACGUGCUCGGGGUUGCAGUGACGAGGAAUCCAUCUCAGGCGAUGAAUUUGAUCGCGCGCGGAAACGCAUGCGUACAAAUAAUAAGCAAGUGCGUCACUGUGGUCGGUGGGCAUAUCUUCCUCGCGUGCGACAGCAUAGCCAACGUAGUCAACUUAACCAGCAAGCUCUUUUCAAAUUCAAUGCACCCCAUAUUUCUCAAGAUUUUUACUCGUUGGAUUAUCCACUUACGCAAUUGCAAGAAUUUCAUUCCUCCAGAGAAUACCGAAACCCUUUGGAAGUUGUUAGUAAUGACAUAAUUAAUAAUACAGCAUUGGAUUUUACCCUAGCCAAUGUGACACCCACACCAUCUCUGGAAAUAACUGAAAUCAAUGAUGAUAUAAAAAAAAUUGUAGAUGUACGAAAAAUAGUCGAAACGCCACCAUUACAACAACCAAAUGAAGAAAACAAGUCGAAUGCAGAAUAUGUAGUGGAGGAAUAUGAGGAGAAAGAAGAGGGCGUACAAACUGAGCAUUUCUCGUCGACAGUAAUACGAGGCUAUCAAAGCGAAUUAUGUGGAGAUCGUGAAGCAGCCAUCGGGAAUGGUAACGCGACUACGCAAAUACAAAAUGUACGAAAAAACACAACAAAUCAGAAUCAAAUUUCAAAAUCGUUCGCCUCAAGACGUUUACUGAACACAUCCAGUGCUUACGCUUCAGAACAUUCUUCUAAAACCAUAAUGCCGGAUUACACUAAAUCUUAUAUAAAGUAAACAUAUCUGCAAUGUGUCAUAAUAUUUGUAUGUAUUUUUUAAUGUUACUCUUAUGUUAUUUGAAUAUUUAUGACAAAUUUGUGAGUAUAAGUCUUCAUUUUAAGAAAAUUCUAAUUAAACAAAUUGCAUAAUAACAACACAAUACUACAAUGUUAUCAUUACAAAUUAUGAGAUUAUCAUUACUCUCCUAAGGAGCUUUAUUGUAACCGAAUGAUGUUAAUUUGGUGCGAAUCCUUUAAAAGUUCAAGAUAUAACGAUAUUAAUUGAUUCCUAAGAUAUAUGUAUAAAUAGUAUUAUCGUUUUCACCAGUCCGAAUGAUUUGCAUUUUUAAC